AGGUGCAUCAGACCAGGUGUAUCAGGUGUGCUUUAUAACAGGCGAGGUGCAUCAGGUAUGGUAUAUAACAAGCAGCAGUUCUCUUCAUAUCAUCAAGUGUGUGUGACAUAACCACGGCACAGCCACUGGUAGCACAAAUGAGUUACAGGCAAACAACGAUGGAUUAUAUGUCUUCGCAUUCACUCUACGGACAUCCCAGAGACGGGGUAGCAGAGUUUAGUUUGACUGCUGUUCAUGACAGGACUAACAUAGCUGCUGAUGACAAUAGCAAGAGUGAUGACGACAUAUAUUCCAAGAUGGCUGCCGGUGUGUUUACGUGUAUUGGAGAGAAGGAAAGCCGAGAACGAUUCACAGAUUUCACUGUAGUAGUCCAGGAUGUCAAGUUCAGGUGCCACCGUUUUAUUCUGAGCGCGUGUUCCACGUUUUUUGAAGCUCUGCUUAGAACUGAUAUGAAGGAGACAAGCGAAGGUACCGUGGCGCUGGGUGGAAUGGAACCUGCGACCUUUUCUCUAAUCCUCGAUGUCUUGUAUGCCGGUGCGAACAUUUUGUCAACAGAGAACAUGUUUGUAGUCUGGCACGCUUCCAAUCAAUUACAGAUCGAUUUUUUAAUCAAGACAUGUGAGGAAUUUGUGAUUAAAAAUAUGACGUCAUCGAACUGCUGGACUGUGUACAAUGAAGCCACAAAACUGGACUCGGCCAAAGUUUUAGGUGACGUCAGAAAGUAUCUGACCGUCAACUUGCCUGACGUAAUUGUCAGUGACAGCUUCAUGUGUCUGUCACUUGAUGACAUGAUUGGCAUUCUCCAACAUCAGCCUCGGCCUGUCUGCACAGACUUUUCUGUCUUCUGUCUGCUGAGGUGGGCGUGUGCUGAGACAGACUCUAUUCGCGUCAUGUUCAAGGCCACCAAUCCUCAGAAUAUUAGGAUGGCAUUCCAAUUCAGUGGCCAGGGAAUAGUUGCAAUACAACGCAUUCCACCCAAACCCAAUGUAUGUGAUAGGAAGACAGAGGUCUUCAGAAGGUCUUGCUUGAGCCAAUUGCUGGAGAAGGUUGACCUGACACAAGCCAGCGUUGAUUGCCUGACCUAUCUCAUGACCAACGAGUUUGUUGCUGACCACAGAGACGCCAUACUGCUAGUUAACAGAGCGUCAGCCCAGAGAUUUGGUGGCGGUGGCCACGCACAAGUUACAACACACACAAUGUUUGGUGCCAUGCCGGCAGGUAGACUGGGCACAUGCAAGCACUGUCAAGGGGGGUUGGUUUAUCAGUGAUGACAGGAUACGUCUUCUGUAAAGGGAUGGUGUGGUUGUGUUCUUGUCUUGUGUCGU